AUGAGUCUCAGCGGAAAAGUCGCUCUUGUAACUGGCUCGGCUAGAGGGAUUGGGGCCGCAAUUGCAGUUGCGCUGGCUCAACAAGGCGCACAUGUGGUCAUCAAUCAUGUAUCCUCCUCGUCACUCUCGCGAGCCCAAGAGGUUGCGCGGUCAAUCGAAAACUUGGGGACAGGCUCCCGGACUCUCAUCGUGCAAGCGGACCUUGCGUCGUUGGACGAGUUGAACAACUUGGUGAAGCAGACGGUGGAUCACUUUGGUAGGAUUGAUAUCCUGGUCAACAAUGGAGCAGUGGCCGAGCUUGCUCCAUUGGAGGAAGUGACAGUGGAUCACUAUCAGCGCAUGUACGAUGUCAACGUGCGUGCUGUCAUAUUCUUGACCAAGGCGGUCGUUGCACAUAUGAAGGAAGGAGGAAACAUCAUCAACAUCUCUUCAGUAUCAGCAAGAAUAGGUGAAGCUGGUACAACGGUCUAUGCAUCCACAAAGGCCGCGGUAGAGAGUGUAACCCGCGUCCUGGGUAUCGAGCUGCGCGAUAGGAACAUCAAGGUCAAUGCUGUCAGUCCAGGUCCAGUCGUGACAGAUACGUUCAAGGGACUCCCAGAAGAAGCGAAGGCGUCAAUCAGAAAUUCUAGACCCGUCGCAGAACCAUCUGACAUUGCCGACGUUGUCGUCUUCCUCGCCAGUCCUGCGAGUCGCUGGAUUACUGGCAGUACACUCUCCGCAUCCAACGGAGUCAAAGCCAUGGCCCAAGUGCACAAUAAUACUCAGAAUAUCGAUAUCCUCGACGCUGCAACCGCAGCAGUUGGACAGGAGACUCUGACGAACGUUCAAGAUCCGACAACCAUGGCGCAGGAGACCCAGGAGACGCCAACGACGACUACAGACGCUCUUGAAUCUAUGAAUACAUCUCAGGCAACGCCUGCGGUGCCUGCUCCUAUCGCCCCCGUCCCAAUGUCGUUUCCCGCCAUUCUUCUCAACCCAAAGCAACGCGCGCCACAACUCUUACGUACUCGUGAUGCUGAGAACACUCGUUCCAGACAGCCUUCGUCCACGACCAUUGACGGCAAGACUCGCGGAAAGCGUCAUGUGAGACGCCACGAUAACGGGAGAUUCAAUGGCAACCCUCAUAUCGUGCACCCUUCGUCAUCAGACUACAGCAUCUCGACCUCCGAGCCGCGCGAGACGUUCCCGCGUCCUCUACCUGCAUACCUUCCACGCGUCUCACCUGCACCAUCUGGAGCGACCAUCAGCCGUGCUGACCCCGCAAACCUCAACUCUGCCUAUGCCGGUCGCUUCACUCUCGGCCUUCGCGGCGUGCGUAAGGAUCUCCGACACCGUGGUGGCAUGCGAGCCCGUACUCUUAUCCAGGACAUUGAGAGCUUGCUCCAAGUCUGGCUGGAUGGAGAUUCGGCUGCGCUGGACGCGCUAAUCGAGGAAAGGAAAGGGUUUGUAGAUUCAGUGGACCGACCAGCGAUUCAUAUCGUGUCUUCGACACCCAUGCAACUGAUUUGGAGCGUUGAGGAUCCGUUUGCGAGGUGGCUCGUCCACUGCGUAGCGAGGUUCCAUUCGGUCGUCAGUUUUAGCAAAGAUGUGUCCAACGGAACUACGACAGAACGUCAGACACAUCUCUUAAGACCAAAUAGCCGUCAUCCGGAUCCACGAGCGGCUGCUGCUCUCUACACCCCGACAGCGACCGACCUCGACUCGUCUGUCAUUGAUACGGAUGGCGAUACGUCGGAUUAUGGAGGAUUGGUCGAUAGCAUCUCCAGUCUUCAGAUUGUAGAGGCCUCAGACCUUGCUCAUUCGACCACAUUGAUGGAGAAUAGGAUUGACGAAGAGUUGUCGGAUGCAGAGUCGAGCUUUUCGCUCAUCGAACAUCCUGAUGCGCGCGAGGACGCGUCGGCAAUCGACGCGCAAGAUACGACGAGACCACCACGUCCAAUGGAACGCAUCGUCGCCGACACCAACGAGGCGGUGACGAGUGCGGAUGCAACCGUUGAACCUUCGAUGCUGUCGAGAGUCAAGCGCUCUGGAUCAGAUUCUUCCCCAUCACGAUCGCCUAUGCGCAAUCGGAAUGGACGCCUGCGUAAUUCUCGUCGUGUCCUACCACUACCCCACUCUCGUCGAGCUGUCUACCGUUCUGUCGAGCCCCCGACAACGUUCAUGGCGUAUGUGUAUGGUCAAUGA